AUGUCUUUGUGUGACGACAUGCUGCUUUGUAAUUAUCGAAAGUGUCGCAUCAAGCUCUCUGGUUAUGCGUGGGUCACUGCCUGCUCUCACAUUUUCUGUGAUCAGCAUGGCAGCGGUGAGUUUAGUCGUUCGCCAGCUAUCUGCCCAGCUUGCAACAGUACCCUUUCUGGAAAACUAGAUAUUGUCCGUACAGAACUCAGUCCAUCAGAGGAAUAUAAAGCCAUGGUACUGGCCGGACUUCGACCAGAGAUUGUGUUGGACAUUAGCUCCCGAGCACUGGCCUUCUGGACAUACCAGGUACAUCAGGAGCGUCUCUAUCAAGAAUACAAAUUUAGCAAAGCUGAGGGUCAUCUGAAGCAGAUGGAGAAGAUAUAUACUCAGCAAAUACAGAGCAAGGAUGUAGAAUUGACCUCAAUGAAAGGAGAGGUCACCUCAAUGAAGAAAGUGCUAGAAGAAUACAAGAAAAAGUUCAGUGACAUCUCUGAGAAACUUAUGGAGCGGAAUCGUCAGUAUCAAAAGCUCCAAGGCCUCUAUGAUAGCCUUAGGCUACGAAACAUCACUAUUGCUAAUCAGGAAGGUAACUUUGAACCAUCCAUGAUUUCCAAUUGUGGUAUUUUUGGCUUCCCAUUAGGGAACAAAUCCAAGUUUCCUUUGGACAGUACACCAGUUCAAAACCAGGGUGGUGGAGACGGAGAUUUUCAGUUCAGACCAUUUUUUAUGGGUUCUCCCACAGCACCUGAACCCAGCAACAACUUUUUUAGUUUUGCAUCUCCAAGUCGUGAAUUAGAGCAGCAGCAAGUCUCUAGCAGGGCCUUUAAAGUAAAAAGAAUUUAAUGCACUUUACAAAAUGUUUCUCUGUUCACUUUUAGUGAUUACAUUUAUCAAAUAAUCUUUAUUCUAGAUAGGAGUCACCAACCUCCCUGUGCUACUAAGUUUUGAAGUUGUCUUCACAUAUUCAAUUUUUAAGAAAUUGAGUGGCAAUGAGGAGUGGCUUUAGAAUCUGGUUCCUUUUUCUGUUUUGAUUA